AUGACCGGGCCUCGGAUAACUGGGGGUAUACAGGAACUCCAAACCGAAUCCCUCAUCGCGUCAUUUCCCGCAGAGGUGCUAACGAGCAUCUUUAUUGAGGUGAAAGCUACAGACGAGAUCGAACACUGGGACGGCAAGCAGCUCGAAUGGAUCAAAAUAACGCACGUUUGCAGGUACUGGAGGGCGGUCGGGAUAAGGGCACGGUGCUUGUGGACCAAUAUCCCGAUGUACUCUAAAGGUUGGGCACUGGAGAUGCUAAAGAGGUCCAAGGACAUGUCAAUCGUCGCCACUGUUGAUUUUACGGGUUCAUCGUCUGUCAGGAAUUAUCCAUCCUAUAAGGCGUUGGGUGGUCUCCUUGAAAAUUUCUCGCGCAUACAAGAGCUGAACUUAAUCAAGGCCUAUCAUAUGGAAGCUACCCCUUUUCUCGACCUCACCCUCCCGGCAGGGCAAGUACCUCGCCUGCAUACUCUGAGAUUUGGAGGGCAGAUGUAUUUUGAUGACUAUUCAGACAUACUGUGUUUCCGGGAUAGCACCUUUUUCCAAUACCUCGAUCUAUCCUCGCUUCGACGACUGUCACUCACGGACUGCCAUCUGAACUGGACAGAGUCCUCUCAGCUGUUACGGAACCUCACCCACAUCCGCGUCAUCAGCGACCACCAGAACAACCUUCUCGACAAGGGCGUUGAACCAUUCUUCGAUGUUCUGCGAAACGUGCCUCAUCUGGAAUCGCUGGAUUUCGAAUACUUCGUCGGUCCAUCCGAACUGCCCGAGAUCCAUCCACUACCCGCGCACUUCCAAAGGGUCGCCCUUCCCAACCUCAAAAUCCUGCGCUUGGGCGUACAAAUGUGUCAACUGGAGCUCAUUCUUCAAGGACUUGACAUUCCAUCAGAUGCAUUCAUUAAAUUGUACUGCUACGAGCUAUCUACUUCUUUUGACCGUUUCUCCCCUGUCCUUUCCGCAUAUGCAUCGCACCUUGCGCGAACAGGAAAGCAUAUCCGCACUUUCGAGCUAUCCAAUUACACUCCAGCUGAAUUCAAGAUUGCAAUCUGGCCAACCGUUCUCCUGCUGGAAACUCUGCAUGCGAUAGACACACCGCCUAUCAUGGAGACCAUAUUUUGCUGGGACCAUGAAGAUGCCUACCAUCCACCAGAGAUGAUAUACUCUCAUGUGCUUAACGUUUUAAAGUUGGAGCAUCUGGAAUCGUUGAAGCUCCAUGAUUAUAAUGUUGUCAAAGCAAAUACCUGGAAAACGACCUUUGGCACCCUUCCCAAACUGGCAUCUAUUGAUCUCUGUACGACGAACUCUCGUGGUCUAUGGACAGUUCUCGAAUCUCAUGUCGACAACAACGAUACAGAAUCCAAGGGGGACAACAAAUCGCUUCCCUUCUCUUCCCUUCGUGAUGUUGCUAUAUCCUUCAAGAACAUUACAUGCCCGACCGGCAUGCGCGUUUACCAAGGCGUCAUAUAUCAUGCAGUCAAGCUGAGGUCGACGAUUGGCGCAGGUCUGAAACGCCUCAUCAUCUUUGAUGCGCCCGUUCUGUCUGGGGAAGUUAUAAAUCAAAUUCGAGAAAUUGUACCAGUGAUAGAGAAAAGUCGUACAUCAGAUAAAGACAGUUACUCUAUACUCAAAGUGAAUGCGGGACGCUGUGGCUUGAAUGAUCUUGAUGAUACUGAUGAUCUGAUGGGCGUUUGGCGUUGA